CGACAAAAAUCAUGGAAAUCGAGUUCUUAACAGUAAAUCCAAUCGAUUUUGGAGUUCUGAAGGAACCUGAAGUCACCAGCUCCUGUUGUGGAAAGUACUUUUCUUCGUUGGAAUCGUUACUGGAUCAUUUUGAGCUCCAUCAUUAUUCAAUUCUCAAAGAAAUUGUUCGAAAACGACAGAAUUUGUUCCUCCGAUGCUUAAAUGACGAAGAAUUUGAGGAAAAAUUUAUCAAAACUGAGGAAUCUGAAGUACCUGAAGAGCAACCAGAAGCAGUCAUAGAAAAAAUUCCUGAAGAAAAACCAAAAAUUGAACAAAUUCCAAGUCCAUUAACCGAAUCAAGUGAAGAGGAAAAAAUUGAAUUUAAUCUCCCAAAACGAAGUCGUGUGAAAAAGAAAAAAGAUCCUCCGGAUGCUCGUCGUUUUGAAUGCAACAAAUGUGGAAAAGUCUUCAUUGGUUACGAAAUAUUCCAAAGACACGAGAAACGGCACAGCGGUUACUACAUUUGCGACUUUUGUGACAAAAAAUUUUUCAAGAAAAAUAAGUUGGAAAGUCACUUUUUCACGCACAAACUCGAAAAACUUGAAAAUAAGAAUUUAGGCUGUAAAUUAUGUGAAAUAAUUUUCAAUGACGAGCUGGAGAAGGAGUUACAUUUGCAAGAAUUUCACAUCCAAUCCUCCGAAAUGCUCGAAUGUCACUUAUGCCCGACACUUUUCACGAACAAAUUUCAGUUGGUCAGCCAUGUUCGUCGAAUUCACGAGAAAAAACCAACUUUUUGCAAAUAUUGCUCAAAUAAAUUCAAAACAACCGAAGACCUGGAACGACAUAUUUCACAAGAACACCAAAACGAAACGAUUCUUUGUUCACAUUGCGGCAAAUCCUUCAACGGCAAGCACUUGUUGCACAAACACAUGUCCGAACUGCAGAAAAAGUUCAAAUGUGUCGUCUGCGAAAAAGCUUUUAAUCAAAAAUACAAAUGCGAAGUGCAUCAAAUCAACGUUCACGGUCUCGGCGAGAAGCCUUUUGUCUGUGUGACAUGCAACAAAGGCUUUGCCAAGCUCUCGGACUUGAAAUCUCACGAAAUUUCGCAUUCGGAUGCCACUCCAUUCCAAUGCGACCAGUGCCCGAUGGCUUUUAAACGGAGAAAUCACCUGACUGCACACGUAGAAAAAAAUCACACGGAAAACGUUGAAGCGGAAUGCAUUUUGUGCCAAAAAAUCUUGAAAAGCAAACACUCGAUGAGAUCUCACGCGAAAAAAGUACACAAAAUGACGAUGAACGAGAUGUACAAAAAAGCUGGAAUCCCGUAUAACGGCAGAGAUUGCGUCUGGAGCAAAUUUUAUCAGAACCGAAAACCGAGUGAUAUUAGAAUAAGCGUCGAUUAA